GACUACAAGCAUGCUAAAAUUCUCUUUCUACUACAAAAAAACAACACCACAAAAGAAAAAGAAAGCUCACUCAGAGUGCUUUUUCUUGGAUUUUUCAGAUUUUGUGGAAAUUGGUCAUCAUAAUCAAGUUUCAAAAACUAAAGGGAUCACUACAUUCAACCAAGCAGAAAAAGUCACUCAAACUCUCCUCACAUUUUCUAUUGAAUCACUCAUAAUAUUGAAAUGAGAGUACAACAAGAAAAGAUUGUUGCAUUUUCUGUUGUAGUUUUAUGGCUUUUUGGUUACUCAAAUGGCUUGCUUUCACCAAAAGGUGUUAACUUUGAAGUUCAGGCUUUAAUGGGUAUCAAAGCUUCAUUAUUGGACCCCCAUGGUGUUCUUGAAAAUUGGGAUGCUGAUGCUGUUGAUCCUUGUAGCUGGACCAUGGUCACUUGCUCUGCUGAGAGUUUAGUUAUUGGCUUAGGGACACCUAGUCAAAAUUUAUCUGGGACUCUUUCUCCCAGCAUUGGCAACCUAACCAAUCUUCAGAUUGUAUUGUUGCAGAAUAAUAACAUCACAGGGAGAAUCCCAAAAGAAAUUGGUAAACUGAAGAUGCUUCAAACACUUGAUCUUUCUGAUAAUCAUUUCACCAAUGAAAUUCCAUCUUCUUUAGGUCACUUGACAUUCCUCCAAUACAUGAGGCUAAACAACAACACUCUUUCUGGCCCAAUUCCAGAAUCAGUAGUUAAUAUGACCCAACUUGCUUUUGUAGAUUUGUCCUACAACAACUUAAGUGGCCCUGUUCCUAGAUUUCCUUCCAAAACAUUCAACAUUGUUGGGAACCCUCUGAUGUGCCCAGCAGGAUCUGAGCAACAAUGUUAUGGAAUGACACUUAUGCCCAUCUCUAUGCCACUAAACACCACACAAUCUGCAAAUACAUCAUCAAGAAGAAAAUCUCAUAAAAUGGCUAUUGCCAUUGGUACCAGUUUUGGAUGCGUCUUUUUGAUCGUUUUUGGACUCAUGUUGAUAUGGUGGAGGCAAAGGAAUAACCGAGAGCCCUUUUAUGAUGUCAAAGAUAAGCAUCAUGAAGAAGUUUCACUUGGAAAUUUAAGGAAGUUUCAAUUCAGGGAACUUCAAAUUGCUACACACAACUUCAGCAACAAGAAUUUAUUGGGAAAAGGAGGUUUUGGGCAUGUGUACAAAGGGACACUUCAAGAUGGGACGUUGGUGGCGGUGAAGCGUCUAAAAGAUGGUGGUGCAGCUGGUGGAGAACGACAGUUCCAAACUGAAGUUGAGAUGAUCAGCCUAGCAGUACACCGGAAUCUCCUCAGGUUAUAUGGCUUUUGUAUGACUCCAACUGAAAAGCUCUUAGUUUAUCCAUAUAUGUGCAAUGGCAGCGUUGCUUCCCGUCUCAAAGCAAAACCAGUGUUGGAUUGGGGCAUAAGGAAGAAAAUCGCAUUAGGGGCAGGAAGGGGAUUGUUGUAUCUUCAUGAACAAUGUGACCCUAAAAUUAUUCACAGGGAUGUCAAGGCUGCAAAUAUACUAUUGGAUGAUUGUUGUGAGGCAGUUGUUGGUGAUUUUGGGCUUGCUAAGCUUUUAGACCACCAAGAUUCUCAUGUAACCACUGCGGUUCGGGGCACCGUGGGCCAUAUAGCACCGGAGUAUCUCUCCACAGGCCAGUCAUCUGAGAAAACUGAUGUUUUUGGUUUCGGGAUCCUUCUACUUGAACUAAUAACCGGACAACGGGCUCUAGAAUUUGGCAAGGCUGCAAACCAGAAAGGAGCUAUGCUUGAUUGGGUGAAAAAGAUACACCAAGAGAAAAAACUACAUAUCCUAGUUGACAAAGAUUUAAAAAACAAUUAUGAUAUAAUGGAACUAGAGGAACUUGUUAAAGUGGCAUUGUUGUGUACACAAUAUCUUCCGGGUCACAGGCCAAAGAUGUCGGAAGUUGUACGGAUGCUGGAAGGUGAUGGGUUGGCAGAGAGAUGGGAAGCUUCACAAGGGAUUGAGUCCACCGGAAAGUUUAGAACCCCAGAACUGUCUUCAUCGGAAAGAUAUUCUGAUCUCACUGAUGACUCUUCUUUGCUUGGACAGGCCAUUGAACUUUCUGGCCCAAGAUGAAAGUUCACUAUAUUUUUUUGUUAAUGUUCUUUUUUUUAAUUUUCUAUGUGUAUUUAAGUUUUUGUUUCUUUUUCUAAGUUUUCAUAUUGUUUAUUUGUACAAAGGUUUAUCAGGGAAAAAAAAGAAGCAUGAAUUAGUUGAUAGAA